CAACUCUGACUGCAAGGGGGUUUGUAUAAAUUGAACUCAUAUCCAGUCAGAAAAGUAUAGACAGCAAGAGUUUUGUGUGGACAAGGAAUGAUAAAGUAGCCAAGAGAAGAUCAGGUUUUCCAUCCCAAGUGCUCCUCCUUUCUUUAUGCAGUUCUUCUGAGGACACCAGCACUCCACACCUCACCUCUUUUCUUCCUAUACAUCCUGAGUCUGAACUCCAUUUUUAGAUCAUUCCACAGGAACUGCCCCUGCUGGAGUGCAAAGACCUUUCCUAAGAGGACAGCUUUACCAGAGGUGCCAUUGCAAACAGAUCAAGCUCGCCACUGCUGAGCUUCUACCAUACAGAGACAUGGCUUGGGCCUCCAGCAUUGAUGCAUUCUUUAAGAAUUUUAAGAGGGAAAGCCAAAUCCUCUCUGAGGAAACCAUCACCUUGAUUAAAUGCCACAUUCAGAAAAAUGACCUCCAGGGUGCACUUUCUGUAAUCCACAGUGCACUGAGAGACAUCGAGAGCGCCCCCCUGAACAUUGCUGUGACAGGAGAGACAGGGACAGGGAAGUCCACCUUCAUCAAUGCUCUGAUGGGGAUAGGGCAGGAAGAUGAAGGUGCAGCCCCUACUGGAGUGACAGAGACAACCAAGGAGAGAAUGCCAUACCCACACCCAAAGCUUCCUCAGGUGACAAUAUGGGACCUGCCUGGCACUGGGUCCACUUCCUUCCCACCAGAAAGCUACCUAAAGACAAUGAAGUUUUCUGAGUAUGACUUCUUUGUUAUCAUCUCAGCUUCACGCUUCAAAGAAAAUGAUGCACAACUAGCGAAAGCCAUCGCAAUGAUGAAGAUGAAUUUCUACUUUGUUCGUACCAAGAUAGAUAAUGACUUAGCUAAUGAACAGAGGAGUAAACCAAAGACUUUCAGCAAGGAGAAUGUCCUUAAGACAAUUCGAGAUGACUGUUCAAAGCAUCUCAAGAAAUACUUCUCCGGUAAGCCUCAAAUCUUCUUGGUCUCUAACUUUGAUGUGUCUGACUAUGACUUCCCAAAGCUGCAGACCACCCUAUUGGGUGAGCUCCCAGCCCACAAGCGCCAUGUCUUCAUGCUGUCUUUAAACAGUGUUACUGAGGCCACCAUUAACCUCAAGAGAGAUUCCCUGAAGCAGAAAGUCUUCCUUGAGGCCCUGAAGGCUGGAGCAUUGGCCACCAUUCCAUUGGUUGGCAUGAUCAGGGAUGAAUUACAGGAUCUGAAUGAAACAUUCAACCUCUACAGGUCUUACUUUGGGCUGGAUGAUGCCUCAUUGGAAAACAUUGCUAAAGAUUUUAACAUGUCCAUGGAUGAACUCAAGGUACACCUUCGUUUUCCAAAUCUGUUUGCAGAAGACAGCAAUGUAUCCUUAGGGAAAAAACUACUGAACUAUAUUGAACUCAUUUCCUCAAUUACUGGUGGACCAUUUGCUGUUAGGUUUUACUACAGAAAAACUUACUAUUUGCAGAAUCUCUUUCUUGAAACUGCAGCAAAUGAUGCCAUAGCUCUUCUUAAUAGGGAAGCUCUUUUUGAAGAGAAGAUGGGACCAUACAUAUCUAAGGCCCCCGAUUACUGGGAAUGAUGGGAAAUGAGGCACAAGCUCCAAUCAGUGUUUACUUCUGUUCUUGCUUUGGACACUGAGUCAUAACCUACUCCAGAGUUACAAACCUUGUCUGUGGAACCAGAGAGUUUAUCCUUUUCCUCGUCCUGAGCAGAUCACUGUGGCAAGGGAUCAAGUAUACUAUAGUAGGAAGAGAAGCUUCAACACUGUACAAAUGUAUGAGGAAAACUCAUUUCCAUUAAAAUAAUAUGUAACACAUCCAUGAUAA